UCUUUAACAUAUCUGAUCUGAUCCUUCAUCAACUUGAUGUAGGAUUUGAUGCUGAUAUAAUCAUCUUAUAAAUAGAGGAGUCCGGAGGCCAAUCACAGCAAAUUAAACCAUCUUCUUAGCUACGGCUCCCCGCAGCCGAAAGAACAGAACCAAGAUGAACCAUGUACGGAUCAUGUCGCGGCGCACGGUCCUGCCUGAGCCGACUUGGCUACCGCCGGAGCCAGAGACGGCCAUCGACCUCACGCCGUGGGACCUCUCGAUGAUCGCCUUGGAGUACAACCAGAAGGGCGUCCUCCUGCCCAAGCCUCCCACCACCGGAGGAGAGGGUCGCCACGCCGUCGUCGAACGCCUGGCAUCGUCCUUCGCGCGCGCCCUGGGCCGUUUCUACCCCUACGCCGGCCGCCUCGCCGUCAUGCCGGGGAACAAUGCUGACGGGGAGCAGGGAGAGAGCAUCGCCAUUUCGCUUCGCUGCAGCAUGGAGGGCGCCGAGUUCGUCCACGCCGUGGCACCGGGCGUCACCGUGGCCGACGUCACCGUACCGCUCUAUACCCCGGAGCUGGUCCGGUCCUUCUUCCCGCUGGAUGGGCUGCAUGGACUGGACGCAGCCGCGGGCUCCCACCCGCUCCUAGCCGUGCAGGUCACCGAGCUGGCCGACGGUAUCUUCGUCGGCAUGUCGCUCAACCACGCUGUCGCCGACGGUUCGGCCCUCUGGCACCUCUUCAACACCUGGUCCGAGAUCAGCCGCCAGAGUGACGGCGCCGACAUCUCCUCUCCUUUGCCGGUGCACCGGAGGUGGUUCCUCGACGGCUGCCCCGUCCCGGUUCCUCUGCCCUUCGGCAAGCUGGAGGACAUCCCCGUCAGCCGGCGUACUGCAGAUGAGCAUCCAUCAUCCGUGAAUGAGGAAUGCUUCCUCAAUUUCUCCGCGGAGAUGGUAAAGCAGCUCAAAGCAAGAGCCAACGCCGAGAUCUCCGGCACCAGCAAUGGCACCACCACCAUCUCCUCGUUGCAGGCCGUGCUCGCGCACCUAUGGAUCGCGGUGACCCAAGCCAGGAGGCUGGCGCCGGACCACAGCACAACAUACGUCAUCCUCGUCGGAUGCCGGGGCCGCAUGGACGGCCUGCCGGCGGCAUACGCUGGCAACGCCGUUGCACGCGCCAAGGCCGUGUCGACCGCCGGCGAGAUCCUGGAAAAGGGGCUGGGUUGGGCCGCGUCGCUGCUGAACAGAGCGGUGGGGUCCUUCGACGUGGCCACUCAGAGGGACAGACACGCAUCCUGGCCACAAGAGCAUUACUUUCUGCGUGCGCGCUCAACGGCCACGGCAAAGAUGGUGACCGGGGGCUCGCCGCGGUUCGACGUCUACGGGAACGACUUCGGGUGGGGCCGGCCGGUGGGCGUGCGGAGUGGCCGAGCGAACAAGAUGGACGGGACGGCGACGGUGUUCGAGGGCAGAGGCGGCGGGGGGAGCAUGGCUCUCGGGGUGUGGCUCCCGCCGGAGGUGCUCGCGAGGCUCGUCGCCGACGAGGAGUUCAUGAGCGCGUACUUUAUAUGGUGAAUGUUUGGCUCGAGCCUCAAGGUGCUGAGCUAUUAUUGAAGCACAGGUGAUGGCUUCAGCGGCCUAUGCGUUCCGGCCUGAAUCUGAGGACAGAACCUGUACCCUGUGCUAUCAGUUUCGUGGAUUAAACCGUGCUUCAAGCUGCUUACUUGCUUUCCAAAGAGAAAAUGUCCCAUGAUACGGUUUCCUUUUAGUAAUAUCCAUGUGUCGAGACUUGUCAAAUUUUGGCAGGUGGCAUCGGGUUGUCCAAAAUUUUGAAACAGGGUUGUGGACUAGAACUCCCCGUUGCUGUCUGCAUAUAAAACUUGUCUGAAGCCAUAUUUUGUAAAGUAAAGUUUAACCAAUUUUAUUGGAAAAAAAUUCGACAUUCACAAUAUGAAAUUAAUAUCAUUAGAUUCUUAAAAAAAACGAUUACCCCAGUAUUAUUCACAAAUAUCUUACAAAAUAGUACAGUUUGAAGCCACCAUCUUAGCAACAACCGUCGCUACUCCCAUCCACUUGAUGAAGGGGUGCCGAUAAUCCGAGCCUAAUACCAUACAGACAUCACACCAAAUCCUAACAUAUAAAGCCGGAGGCCCCAACCGAGCCACAUACUGGAUUUGGGGUACAAACCGGUCCGACGCACUCUUAUGUGUCAUCGCUGGCAUCUUCC